AUGAAUACUGAAAAAAUAUAUUCCGCUAGACAGAUUUUUAUUGCCAUAAUUUCUGUCAUUGAUAUACCAAGAUUGAAUCUCACCCUCCUUACCCGCGACCCUGCUCGUGGCCAUCUUGAUAGCCACAGCCGUUGCCUUGAAGGCACUCUCGGCUCUGUGGUGGUCAUUGAAACCCCGGAUGCAGUCGACGUGCAGAGUGACCCUGGCGGCCUGGGCGAAACUCUCAAAGCAGUGAGGGACCAUCUCGCAGCUGAGUUUGCCGAGGAACUCGCGCUUGAGGCCCAGCUCGACGACAGCGUAGGGGCGGUUGGAGAGGUCAAUCACAGCGCGGGAGAGGGCUUCGUCGAGAGGAGCAUAGGCAUAUCCGUAGCGAGCGAGGCCGACCGGGGUGCCGAGGGCCUUGGCGAAGGUGUAUCCGAGAGCGAGGCAAACAUCUUCAGCUGUGUGGUGAUCAUCGACUAUCGAGAGUGA